CGCAUGCACACAACAACAGACAGUGUCCAGCCACAGAUAGCUUUGAGAAGUGACCGAGUGAAGAGCAGUGCAAGGUUAGCUACUGACACUAAGAGAGGACUUCACAGAGACUGUAGCAGGUAAGCAAAACUAUAUAUUUGUCAAACUUAAAUAAAUAUCAUUUAAAGGUCAAACUUUAGCAACUUUGAAUAGGAGGUGUCUAAUACUGAUAUAUUUGGUCUGGAUUCUUUUGCAAACAUUUGACACUGAUUUUGAGAUUUUGAGGCUGAUUUUUAUUGUAUUUUUGAAUGAAUCAAAAAUAUCUCUUGUACAAUUUUGCAUCUACCCUUAUGCAAUAUUUUACAAAGAUGUUCUGCAAGAUUAAUGUUAAGCUAGCUUCCAGGUUUAAAGUAAUGCUUCUGCACAGAAAAGAGAAACAGGAUUCUCUGUUUUAAAUUCAGUCAUUUCAGUCAGCAGUGUGCAACAGUUUUCCAUCCGUCUCCUACCUGCACACAUACAGAACCGAAACCCCUUACACAAGACUUUAUUGGCUCAUGCUACAACUAAUCAAGGCAAAGCUCCAAAUGUGGAUCUGAGGGUUAGAGAGGUGCCCUCUGAGAUCAUCAGCCUAAAUCGGAACUGUGACUUCACUCAGGAAGGAAGGCUUCACUUAAUGGGGCACUGAAGAUGGGCCAGGAGAUCUGCAAACAUCACCCCCACACACCCACUGGUCCAAUAUCUGACGCAAAUGACAUUAUGAAGUAAUUAGAGGACCAGAUUGACUGUGGCUUUACAGCCAUGCAACCACAGUGUACAUUUUCCAUAUGCCGCAUGCUGAAAAAUCACAACUUAAGUGCACAUAAAAAUUUCAUCAAAUUUUAAUUAGAAUCCUUCUUUUAAUAUAAGAAAUUAAAUGCACCCUUUUUCAACACAAAAAAAAGUCUUUGGUUGUGAUUUUUUUUUGUUUUGUUUGACCUUACACAGUUGCCACUUCGCUCUGUAGCCUCUAAAAACACUGGCUAACAACAAGCAAGACACAGAUCUGUUGCAGUUCAGUAAUCCUCUUAGUCUGCGUUAAUUUAAUUAAAUAUCAUGGGACUCAAUUGGUAUCCAACAGCUCAGUCACCGUGCAAAGAUUUGAAAUCUGUCUCCAUAAACUUAGGUAACUGAGAACAUUGAGAAUAAACAAGUGUAAGAUUGCAAAACUGAAAUCAUGAUUUGUUGAAAUAAUCGUUAAAGAGCACAUUAAAUAAUGAGUAUCCUCUCUCUACAGCCAUCCAGAAAAAUGUCUGACAAAAUGAUUGAGUUGGAGGACAAUGCGACCCACACAGGUGAGUAGAAGUUUCUAUCUAUCAUAUAGUCCAACUACAUAUCUGAGAAUAAAAAAAUACUCUGAAUGUGAUUGACCGCAAAUAUUGCAAAAUCGAUGGAGCAUAUGGAGUAACUGGCUGCAAACAGACAACAGGAAGCUCAAAGUAAAGUAGAGUAUAGAUCUGUAGAGAUUUGGCAGUUUAACUGACCCGCUAAUCUUCUUUGUCUUAUGUAACAGUGGUGCAAUGAGAGCACUUCUCAGAAAGCGGGGAUGACGCCUUAAUCUCCAAAUUAAAGCAGGACACCAUACUCACCAAUGAAUCAUUGCUGUACAUUUCAAUUCACAAAGAAAUGAACAUUCAGCUAAAUGGUGCUAUUUAUGCUUUCCAAGUAAUGCCUGAGGGCUGAUUGUGUCAGCCUCCAAAAAUCUUGUCCUGUGGUUUCCUAUUUCCCAGGACGAAACAAAUACAUUAGUUUAUAAUUUUUCUUAAAGUCAUUUAUCAAGUUGGUGAUGAAGAAUUUAUUUGAAUCUGUGUUUCCUAAAAGACUGAACUGAACUGAAAAAUGGUAUUUUUCUUUUCUGUAGGGCCUAAAGGUGUCAUAAAUGACUGGAGGAGGUUCAAGUUGGAAAGUAUGGACCCAGAAAACCUUCCACCUGCAAAAAGAGAACUCCUGAGACAGAUGUCAUCUCCGGGGAGGCCAAAAGAUGACUCCAGAGCAAACCUUAACCGUAAGGUAUAACCAUGCAGAUCAAAACAACUGUGAACAAUCAAAAUUCAACACUAUGCCAACACAACGAACAUCAGAGGAUUUUACAAAUAACUUGAACUUUGAACUGGAAGAUUGUACUCCUUGUGUUUGACAGUGUACAAUUAAGUCAAUUCGUUAUGGGCCAUAGUACUGGAACAUAGACACACAAUUCGGACUAUAAAACCACUGGGGGUAAAGGGACUCAAGGGUCUGAGACUCCACCAUGGCCUUCACAAGUUAUUUUUGUAUUUAAUGAUAACCAUAAGAAAUGAAAACAACCCAGUCCAUUCACCAAUAAAUUGUGUUUUUCAACUACUGUUUGAAUGCUGUUUCAGAUGAGCGUCCAAGAGUAUGAAUUACUCAAGGAGGAGGAUGCAGGAUGCCUUAAAAAAUACAGGAGGCGUUGCAUGCAGGAGAUGCAUGACAAACUCAGCUUUGGGCCCAAGUUUGAAGGUGUCCAUGACCUUGACAGUGGAGAGGCCUUCCUGGAAGUGAUAGAGAAGGAGCAUUACAGCACAGUGGUGGUCGUCCACAUCUACAAGGAUGGAGUCAAAGGUUGCGAGGAGCUCAACAACUGCCUUGACUGCCUGGCCACGGAGUAUCCAACAGUUAAGUUCUGCAGGAUUGAUGCUGUUGCAUCAGGUGCUGCAGAACGCUUCUCGGACGAGGUUUUGCCUACACUGUUGGUGUACAAGGCCGGAGAACUUUUAGGGAACUUCCUGUCCUGCACACAGCAUCUAAAUGAGGAGUUCUUCGCCACAGAUGUGGAGGCGUUCCUAAACAGCUAUGGCCUACUGCCAGAGAAAGAGCUGCCUGGAGAGGAAGAUGAGGAUGAAAAUGAUGUAGAGUAAGCCAAGAGUUUGGUUUCUUGGAUAGAAAGGAAGCACACUCUCUAGGACGCAAUAAAGAGCCAUUAAAGACUUUUUGCAAUAUGUGGAAGGAUAUAUCUUUGGGUGAAGGCAAGUACAAAACUAUAACAUCUCCAUUAGCUCAAAAGUGUUUCAGGUUUGUCUCCUAAGUGAGACAUUUCAUAUCCGGUUGGUCAAGACAACUCAACAUCCCAGAUACGGGUGCUCUGAGAUAUGGUUGUGUGUUACAGUAAGGCGAUGAGAAACAGUGUUUAUUUAUUGAUCAUCUCUGACAAAUCACCUCACCAUCUCUCAAAACAAAGCCAAAACCAGUUCUCUGUCAUGUAAGAUUAUUGAAGUGUUAUCUUUUGUAUUUAUAGAAAACAUUAAAUGCUGUGUGUAAUUAUAAAAUGUAUAAUUCAAAUGUGUUUUGUAGCAUUUGAUUGUCUGUAUAUAAGUUAUUUCGACCAUUGGGUUUACAAAUAGUUACAUCCGCAUACAUACAAAUAUACAAUGUUCAAACAGCUGUGUGCUAAAUGUCUCUGUGAGGGCGUGGGUCACCAAAAUGAAAAAAGAAAACUUUAAAGAGCUAACCAGAACAUAAACACUUCAGAUUUAAAAGGCCAAAGCACUCUGGAUAUGGAAACAUUUUCAUGUAAACAUCUGUCCUGUCCAAUGUGACCUUCCAUCACUUCUCUUGAGUCAGCGUGGUAUGAGCUCUUGGGACCUUAACAUCAUCACUGUGGUGUUCAUCUAUUUAUCAGAACAUUUUAUAUAUUGUAAAGGUGGAAUGGUGACCUGAGGUGCAGGAUUUUCUUAUUGUGAUACAAGUAAGCAAACAAGUCUUUGAGUCGCCACAUGUCAAGGACUUGGUAGCUGAAUCCAUAUUUACGUAUGUGAUUUUGAUAAGAGUUUGGUUACUGAAUUAAACUAUGUACUGCAAUACUAUACAAUGUGAUCUACUGUACAUGUUACAAAACAAGAAUAAAGUCAUUUAAAAUAA